GUCAUCCUGCAACCGAAGCCAAACCUCACAAACAACAGCCACAGUAAUGGCUACUGACUCUGAACUAAGUGGCGUUUCGUUGCCCGUAGCUGGAAUAGUGAUAGCAGUGAUAUCAAGUUUCAUCAAUGGGUCGACAUUUGUGCUUCAAAAAAAGGGAAUAUUACGCUCCCGCGACAGAGGAGGCUCGUACCUCACAGACGCGGUGUGGUGGAGUGGCACAUUGGCCAUGGUUGUUGGUCAAAUUGGGAAUUUCCUGGCAUACAAUGUGGCCCCUGCUGUGAUAGUGACACCACUGGGGGCCCUGGGAGUGUUAUUUGGGGCUGUGCUGGCUUCUUGGAUCUUGAAGGAGCAUUUGAAUAUCCUGGGAAAGCUUGGCUGCGUAUUAUGUUGCUGUGGCUCCGUUGUGCUGAUCGUUCAUGCCCCUAAAGCUGAGGCUGUAACGUCAAGACUGGAGUUAGAGGAGAGGCUACUGGACCCAGGGUUUGUACUGUAUUCCCUCCUGGUGGCCCUGUUGCUGGUCAUAUUAAUCGUGUGGAUUGCUCCAGCUCAAGGCACAUCAAACAUCAUGGUGUAUGUCGCCAUAUGUUCCCUCCUGGGAAGCUUCACCGUUCCCAGCAGCAAAGGACUCGGCCUGGUUGCACAAGACGUCUUUGGAGGAGGGCCCUCGAACAGCAGCGCCCUGGCUCUCUUCCUGGGCUUGCUGGGGACGCUGGCCGUCAGCAUCCUGAUCCAGUUCUUCUUCAUCAACAAGGCCUUGGAGUGUUUCAGCUCCAACGUGUUUGAAGCCAUAUACUAUGUGACCUUCACAUCCACCGUCAUUCUUGCUUCUGCUCUUCUCUUCAAGGAGUGGACUGCUCUGACUUUAACCGACAGCCUUGCCAUGCUUUGUGGUCUGGCAACAGUGUGUGUCGGGGUUGUUUUACUCCGAAUUUCCCAAGAGGCUUUGAUUACUUGGAAGAAGAAGACGGACUGAUUUAGAUGUCUCCAUAAAAGCCAGGUUCAAAAAACUUUAAGGUCAGACAUUAAAUAUAUUGUCUUUGUUGGCUGUGUAAAACAUAAUUAAAACAUCUUUUUUGACAUAUACUCUAUUGAAAACAGUACAAGGACAAUAUAUUUAAUGUCUUACCUCAUCAACUCCAUUGGUUUUUGUAAAUAUCUGCUUAUUCUGAUUUGCAGAUGAUUGCAUUCUGUUUUCAUUCACGUUUUACACAGCGUCCCAACUUUUCCAAACUCCAGUUUAAACGACUUGAAUCUCCUUGCAGUUUCUUAUGAAACAUUUCUUACUUACUGUGUAAUUAUAAUCAUUCCUUCAUUGAUUUCAUCGAUGCUGACGAAUGCAACUCUCUUCAUCAUGAGACUGUCACACUCAAAUCAGAAGCGUUUAUUGUCAUUCCACAAGUGCAACGGAAUUACAUUCGGUUACAACCCUCCCAGAGGACACAAAGGCACAAGAGACAGUACAAAUAAUUGACAUGGGAAGACAGGGACAGGAGGACCACGAUGCAGCCAGCAUGUAUAGCGUAGGGAACAGUGAAUUUGUCAUUUUCAUGUUUUUACUCAAUUCAGAUAGUUACAAUAAACUUACAUAGCAUUGGUGUGUAAGUGUUGCCCUCAAGGCUUUAAUAGGCUCAUUGAAUGUCCUCCCAAUGCUGGACUGUGUGGAAUCACCUCCACUUUUAUUCAGUGUGCCUCUAAAUUAUUCAGUGUAAUUUCAGAAGCAGUCUCUUUAGUGCAGGAGUUGUACAAACAUGAGCGUCAACAACGACUGAACAUUUUGUCUGUUGGAUUUGUAAAUGGAUUCUAAUGGAUGGAUUUGGAAAGCCGAUUUGCCAAAUAUAAACUUUUGUGCUGUGGCCACUAGCUGUGUUGCUGUGAUGUGUUGCAACUGCACAUUAUACAUGUAUAAUUAAAACAUGUGGAUUAUGGAUUAUUUAUACGAAUAUACAAAUGUUUACACUAAUUUCUACAAAUGUAUGUGUCAGCCUUGUGCUGGCUUUGACAAGCAUUUGUUUUUUCUAAUGGGUUUGUGAGAAAUACACUGUCCUUACAAGCUC